GUUUGGACUUAGCUUGAGUUGGAUCAUAUUGGAGAGCGUUUGAGGUACAGACGCACAGCCUGGUGAUCCACCUGUUUAGGACACCCUUUCUGCUAUUCGGAGUGCUCCUCUCUUUCCGGAGCUUAUACUUUUGUGAUGCCUCCGAAAAAGGCGACGGCCGCCCAGAAGAAAAAGGGCGUAGUAGGAGAGACCAGCCGGGCUCAGAAGGGUACUCGGACCCUUGCUCAGAUGAUGCGUGAUAUUACGUCCCGGCCAGCCGACUCUGCUACGUCUUCAUCGUCAGAGGAGUCUGGAGCAGCUUCACCAUUAGCUCCAGGGGCUUCAGCUCCCGCGCCUCCAGCUCCUCAGCCAGGGGCGGAGGACAGGACACUGAGAGAGGCUGUGCAGUUAUUGACCACUCUGGUAGCGGGACAGGCUCGCUGACGCGGGCGGAGAGAUGAUGAUGAUGACGAUAGGCGUGACAGCCUGAGGGUUCGAGAGUUUCUAUUAUGUGGCCCUCUAGAGUUUUACGGGUCUAAGCCCGACGAGGACCCCCAUGACUUUAUUCGGGGGAUGCGGCGCUUAUUAGAUUUGGUCAGGGCUUCAGAGACUGAGUCUGUUGAGUUGGCUUCGCAUAGACUACGGGAUGUUGUUGCUCACUGGUAUGAGUCCUGGGAGCUAUCCAGGGGUGAGGGUGCUACCCCAGCUACGUGGGACGACUUCGUGACUGCUUUCACUCACCACUUUUUGCCCCCAGAGUUACGGCGGGCGCGGGUUGACCGAUUUUUGCAUCUGCAGCAGAGGGGUCGGAGCGUCCGUGAGUAUAAUAUGGAGUUUGAUUCUUUGGCCCGGUAUGCACCUGCCAUAGUAGCAGAUAUGGCCGAUCGGAUGCACAGAUACGUGAUGGGGUUAGACCGCUAUUUGAUUGAUGGAUGUAUGGCGGUGGCAUUGCAGGCAGACACGGAUAUUGCCCGACUACAGGCUUAUGCCCUGGGUAUGGAGGACCGACAUAGAGCUGAUUAUUCUAGCAGAGAUCGGGACAGGAGGCCGCCCAAGAGGGCCAGAUUCGCAGGUUAUUCUGGAGAUUCUCGAGGCGGACAGCCUCAGCAGCAGCAGUCAGGCAGACAUCCUCCUCCGUCAGGCCGGGGUACACCCCCACAGUUUACCGGCAGGAGAUCUGAGGGUGCCGGAUAUUCAGGGGCAGGCCCGAGCUCUAGGGCUUCAGGUUCACAGUUGGACAGAGGUUCCAGCAGUCAGAUGAGGCCACCCAGACCUUUGUGUUCCUAUUGUGGGAGACAGCACCCGGGAGAGUGUUUCCGAGCUACGGGUGCAUGCUUUGUGUGCGGCCGUCAGGGCCAUCAUAUGAGAGACUGUCCGGCUAGAGGUGGUACAGGCAGUUCAGCUCAGUCUACCGGGUCAGCCGGUGGUUCAUCUUCAGCCUCGGUGGCGAUGCGCCCUGCGGGGCGAGGUACUCCAGCACCAGCAGGCCGCGGCAGGGGUCGUGGCGGAGCUUCGGGUUCUAGCGGUCCUUCGAACCGCAUUUAUGCCUUAGCCAGCAGACAGGACCAGGAGGCUUCGCCUAAUGUCGUCACAGGUAUAUUACUGGUUUUCUCUCGUGAUGUGUAUGCAUUGAUUGAUCCUGGUUCUACAUUAUCAUUUAUAUCUCCACUCGUUGCUGAUAAAAUUGGGAUAGAAUCCGAACCGAUAGAGCCUUUUGAGGUAGCUACACCAGUAGGGGAUUCUGUUAUAGCCAGUCAGAUUUAUAGAGAUUGUUCCGUGAUUAUCUGUGGCCGCUGCACUAAGGCGGAUUUGGUAGAGUUAGAUAUGAUCGAGUUUGACGUGAUUAUGGGUAUGGAUUGGCUAGCUUCUUGCUAUGCUAAUGUUGAUUGUCAAAAGAAGAUAGUCCAAUUCCAAUUCCCAGGGGAGCCAGUUAUAGAGUGGGCAGGUAAUACAGUAUCGCCAAGGGGUAAGUUUAUUUCAUACCUCAAGGCUGAGAAAAUGAUCAGAAAGGGGUAUAUUUAUCAUCUGGUCCGUGUUCAUGAUUUAGAGGCAGAGGCACCGACUCUUCAGUCAGUCCCAGUGGUUAAUGAAUUUGUAGAUGUAUUCCCAGAUGAGCUUCCGGGUCUUCCUCCCGAACGGGAGAUAGAGUUUGCUAUUGAUCUGUUGCCAGACACUCAGCCUAUCUCUAUUCCUCCGUACAGAAUGGCACCUGCAGAAUUGAAAGAAUUGAAAGAGCAGCUGAGAGAUUUAUUGGAGAAGGGUUUCAUUCGGCCUAGUGCGUCACCCUGGGGAGCUCCGGUAUUAUUUGUGAGGAAGAAAGACGGCUCGCUGCGGAUGUGCAUUGAUUAUCGGCAAUUGAAUAAGGUAACCAUCAAGAAUAAAUAUCCCCUCCCCAGGAUUGAUGAUUUGUUUGAUCAGCUGCAGGGUGCCAGGUACUUCUCGAAGAUAGACCUGCGAUCGGGUUACCAUCAGGUACGGGUACGAGAGGCUGAUAUUCCCAAGACAGCAUUCAGGACCCGAUAUGGGCACUAUGAGUUCAGAGUUAUGUCUUUUGGGCUGACAAAUGCCCCAGCAGUAUUUAUGGACCUGAUGAAUCGGGUAUUCAGACCGUUCUUGCAUAUGUUUGUGAUCAUAUUUAUCGAUGAUAUUCUGGUUUAUUCUCGGUCAGAGACAGAGCAUGCGGACCAUUUGAGGACGGUACUUGGCACACUUCGGCACCAGGAAUUAUAUGCUAAAUUUUCUAAGUGUGAAUUCUGGUUAUCUUCAGUGGCAUUUCUGGGACAUAUUAUUGGGGCUGAUGGCGUCCGGGUGGAUACCCAGAAGAUCGAGGCCGUAAAGAAUUGGCCUAGACCUACGACGCCGACAGAGGUGCGUAGCUUUCUGGGAUUGGCUGGUUAUUAUCGGAGAUUCGUGGAGAAGUUUGCUUCCAUUUCAGCGCCUUUGACAAGGCUGACUCAGAAGGGAGCUAAGUUUCAGUGGUCAGAUGCUUGCGAGCGUAGCUUCCAGUUGCUGAAAGAGAAGUUAACUACGGCUCCAGUCCUGACUGUUCCGGAGGGUCCAGAUGGGUAUGUGAUUUAUUGUGAUGCCUCUGGUAUUGGUUUGGGAUGUGUGUUGAUGCAGCACGGCAGGGUGAUAGCUUAUGCUUCCCGGCAGCUCAGAAAACAUGAAAAGAAUUAUCCUACUCACGAUUUGGAGCUGGCCGCGGUCAUUCAUGCUUUGAAGAUGUGGAGACAUUAUUUAUAUGGGGUUCACGUUGACAUUUAUACAGAUCAUAAGAGCCUUCAGUACAUCUUUAGGCAAAAGGAGCUGAACUUGCGGCAGCGGAGGUGGUUAGAGUUGCUGAAAGAUUAUGAUGUUGACAUUCUCUACCAUCCUGGGAAAGCUAAUGUUGUGGCGGAUGCACUCAGCCGCAAGUCUAUGGGCAGCCUAGCAGACGUGCCAUCAGAGAGUAAAGAAAUGGUUCGCGAUAUUCAUCAGUUGGCUAGUCUUGGAGUUCGCUUGGCUGAUUCUGGAGAUGUUGGGGUUUCUGUUCGAGGUAUUGCUGAGUCCUCUAUUACAGAAGAUAUUAAGCGGCAUCAGUAUGAGGAUCCUAUUCUGGCACAGUACAGAGACGCAGCGCUGGCACAGGAGAAGACUCCGUUUGAGAUGUCACCUAAUGGAGUGUUAUUUCACAGAGGCAGAUUGUGUGUACCUGACGUUGCAGGGUUGCGGUGACAGGUUAUGGGCGAGGCACAUUACGCCCGAUAUUCUGUUCACCCAGGGUCGACGAAGAUGUACCAUGAUAUCAGAUGCCUAUAUUGGUGGGACGGUAUGAAAAGAGAUAUAGCAGAGUUCGUUGCUCAGUGUCCAAAUUGCCAGCAGGUUAAGAUUGAGCACCAGAAGCCCGGUGGGCUAUUGCAGGAGAUGGAGAUACCGACGUGGAAGUGGGAGAUCAUUAAUAUGGACUUUAUUACAGGUCUACCUCGCACUCCACGGAGGUAUGAUUCUAUUUGGGUUAUUGUUGAUCGGCUGACGAAAUCAGCCCAUUUUCUUCCGGUUCGGACCACCUAUUCAGCUGAGGAUUAUGUCAGGCUUUAUGUCAGGGAGAUUGUACGACUUCAUGGAGUUCCUGUGUCUGUUAUUUCAGAUAGAGGUGCCCAGUUUACAGCUAAGUUCUGGAGAUCGUUUCAGGAGGGAUUGGGGACCCAGGUGAGCCUGAGUACAGCCUUCCAUCCCCAGUCCGACGGACAGGCCGAGCGCACUAUUCAGACAUUGGAAGAUAUGUUGCGUGCCUGUGUUAUUGAUUUCAGGGGUAGCUGGGACGACCAUUUACCGCUUGUUGAGUUUGCGUAUAAUAACAGCUACCACUCCAGUAUUCAGAUGGCACCAUAUGAGGCUUUGUAUGGCAGGAAGUGUAAAUCACCGAUCGGUUGGUUUGAUGUUGGGGAGACUGAGUUGAUUGGCCCAGAUGUGGUCCAGCAGGCCGUGGAUAAGGUGAAACUUAUUCGAGAAAGAUUGUUGGCAGCCCAGAGCCGACAGAAAUCUUAUGCCAAUAAGCGACGUCGACCGUUAGAGUUUCAGAUUGGCAAUUGGGUGUUCCUGAAAGUGUCACCGAUGAAAGGUGUUAUGCGAUUUGGCAAGAAAGGAAAGCUCAGUCCGAGAUAUAUUGGGCCCUAUCUGAUUAUUCGCAAAAUAGGCAAGGUGGCCUACGAAUUGGAUUUGCCAGCUGACUUGGGAGCGGUACACCCGGUAUUUCAUGUUCCUAUGCUUCGUAAGUGUAUUGGUGACCCUUCCAGAGUCUUUCCUGUAGAUGACAUUCAGGUCACAGAGGAGAUAUCUUAUGAGGAGCAGCCUAUAGCCAUAUUGGAUCGCCAGGUAAAAAGGUUGCGGAACAAAGAUAUGGCUUCUGUUAAAGUGCUGUGGCGGAACAAUAACCGAGAGGAAAUGACCUGGGAAGCUGAGGAGCAUAUGAAGAAGAAGUAUCCUCAUUUAUUUUCAGAGCCUACAGAUCGUGGGCAGCCCGAAUCAUAGUUUGGACUUAGCUUGAGUUGGAUCAUAUUGGAGAGCGUUUGAGGUACAGACGCACAGCCUGGUGAUCCACCUGUUUAGGACACCCUUUCUGCUUUUCGGAGUGCUCCUCUCUUUCCGGAGCUUAUACUUUUGGUAUAUAUAUUUAUUAGUGCAUUUGCAUAUAUUCGUUCAUGGGUACGGCGGGGCCCUGUCCCGUCAUAUGAUUAUGUCGGUCUGUUAGAGGUCUGUGGACAUGUUUGUGGGUUAGGGUCUUUCUGUAUGGAUGUAUGUACAUGUCGUUUGGGCGAUCCCAUACGCCGAGGCGGCCGGUCCGCAUAUGUUGUUUGGGCGAUCCUAUACGCCGAGGCGGCCGGUCCGCAUAUGUUUAUAUAUUGCUUGGUUAGCCCUGUGUGGCUUUUGUUGGUAU